AUGUCCUCAGAUUUUGGCUAUAGCUUCAAUCAUCCAUCUGACAUGCCAGUGCCCGGUUCGGAAGCGAGCUCUUGUUCCAUCUUUCGAGUGCCUCAAAAGCUUACGGAAAUUCACCAAAACGCCUUUCAACCUCAAGUAGUGUCCAUUGGCCCCUACCACCAUGGAGGAGAACACCUCCAAAUGAUUCAACAACACAAAUGUGGAUAUCUUAAUGCUAUUCUUGCUCGAACAGAGUGUUACGGUGUUUGCUACGGUGACUUCUGGGAAGCCAUAGCAAAUGUGCAGAAGGAGAUAAUGAAAUGCUAUUCAGGGAGUACUGAUAAAUAUAGCGACCAUGACUUCAUUGAAAUGCUGGUACUUGAUGGAUGCUUCAUUAUUGAGCUCUUCCUCAUAGUUGGAGAGUUAGUCCAACCUGAUCCCAAUGAUCCUAUAUUCAAUCAGCCAUGGAUAUUGUAUUCUAUCAUGAGGGAUCUUCUCAGGCUAGAGAAUCAAAUUCCUUUCUUUGUUCUUCAGAGUUUGUUCGAAAUGUCUAAGAAGUCUUUAGCACGAGUUCCCUCCUUGACAGAACUCGCCCUAGGAUUCUUUAAUCGGAUGAUAAAGAGGCCUGAUGAAAUCCUAUAUAAGCAUAAGAAUCUGGAUGGGAAACAUUUACUAGAUUUGUUUCGCUCCAGUUUCAUCCCUUCUCACUCCAGUUUCACCCCUUCGCCCAAAGACAGGGAUUCAGAUUUACGUCAAUUGAUCCAACCUGUUGAGAAACUCCGUGAAGCUGGUAUCAAUUUCGAGAAACAUGGGACAGCUGAGACCUUCUUAGACAUUAAAUUUAGACGUGAUCAUGGAGUGCUCAUAAUCCCACAAUUGGCAUUAGAUGACUCCAUUGGCCCUUUCUUGCUGAAUUGUGUGGCAUUGGAACAAUGUUAUCAGCAUGAGCCUUGCCCAUACCACUUUACAUCCUAUGUUAUUUUCAUGGGUUGCCUCAUCAACUCACUUACGGAUGCAGGGUAUUUGCGAGACCGAAGAAUUAUUCAGAAUUUCUUUGGAACUGACAAAGAAGUUGUUAAAUUCUUCAAUGAUGCCGUCAAAGAUAUUAUUUUCAAACUUUCAAAUAAUUAUCUAACAAAGGUGUUCGAGGAUGUGAAUGAAUAUCAUCAAGACAAAUGGCAUAUUAGAUGGGCAAAAUUCAAGUACACUUAUUUUGACAGCCCUUGGAUAUUCAUGUCAGCUUCAACCGCUCUCAUUCUCCUUAUUCUCACCUUUAUUCAAGCCUUCUUUGCUGUCUAUGGAUAUGUAAAUCCUCCUCAAUAAGUAAUUAGCAAUUUGUGAACAGCAAGUGUAACAAUAAAAUGUCAAGCUUUAACUUAUUCUUCAAGACUGCGAAGUCUUGAGUUAAAGUCCCAAUAUUAAUCAAGAUUGUACCAAAAAAAAUGUCCUUUUCAAUUGAAAUGUUGUCUACUAGAAUUUAAGAAUUAGAUCUUUCUAUGUAUA